CAGUUUUUGGGGAUCCUUCAACACUGGGAAAAGUAAAGGGGUCUCGGCGCACAGCCCGGGGGGCUUAGGACACUCCACCCUCCGAGAGCCUGUGGACUCACAACUUCAAGGACCCCUGCAAAGUUCCAGCCUCGACUCUCGGUCCCAAGAACAUUGCACCCAGUCUCUAGGCGCGCAAGGAACCCCCAAUUGCGGCUCAGCAUGGCAGUGGAUCCCCCUAAGGCCGACCCCAAAGGGGUGGCAGUGGAUCCCACCGCGAACGGUGGCCCGGCGUUGGGCUCCAGAGAGGACCAAGGCGCGAAAGAAGGUGGCUGCUGCGGUUCCUGGGACCAGGUGCGCCGCUGUCUUCGCGCCAACCUGCUGGUGUUGCUCACGGUGGCGGCGGUGGUGGCCGGCGUGGUGAUAGGGCUGGGGGUCUCGGCGGCGGGCGGUGCUGAAGCGCUCGGCCCCGCGCGCUUGACCGCCUUCGCCUUCCCGGGAGAGCUGCUGCUUCGUCUGCUGAAGAUGAUCAUCCUGCCUCUUGUGGUGUGCAGCCUGAUCGGAGGUGCAGCCAGCCUGGACCCUAGCGCCCUCGGCCGUGUAGGCGCCUGGGCGCUGCUCUUUUUCCUGGUUACCACACUGCUCGCGUCCGCGCUCGGCGUGGGCUUGGCUUUGGCGCUGAAGCCGGGCGCCGCCUUUACCGCUAUCAACGGCUCGGUGGGAGGCUCCUGUGACCACAGUGUACCCACCAAGGAGGUGCUGGAUUCCUUCCUGGAUCUCGCGAGGAAUGUUUUCCCCUCCAAUCUGGUGUCUGCCGCAUUCCGCUCUUACGCUACCUCAUAUGCACCCAAAGACGCCAACGCCUGUGCAGUACAGCCACCUGCCUGUACACAAAGAGAGAUCAACGGAACCAUGGUCCAGCUGGGAUGUGAGGUAGAGGGCAUGAACAUCCUGGGCCUGGUGGUGUUCGCUAUCGUCUUCGGUGUGGCCCUGAGGAAGCUGGGACCUGACGGAGAACUGCUCAUUCGUUUCUUCAACUCCUUCAAUGAUGCCACCAUGGUCCUGGUCUCCUGGAUUAUGUGGUACGCCCCUGUGGGCAUCUUGUUCCUGGUGGCCAGCAAGAUUGUGGAGAUGAAGGAUGUCAGCCAACUCUUCAUCAGCCUCGGCAAAUACAUCCUGUGCUGCCUGCUGGGGCAUGCCAUCCACGGGCUCCUGGUUCUGCCCCUCAUCUAUUUCAUCUUCACCCGCAAAAACCCCUAUCGAUUCCUGUGGGGGAUCAUGACGCCACUGGCCACAGCUUUUGGGACCUCUUCUAGCUCUGCCACGCUGCCCCUGAUGAUGAAGUACGUAGAGGAGAAGAACGGCGUGGCCAAGCACAUCAGCCGCUUCAUCCUGCCCAUCGGCGCCACGGUCAACAUGGACGGGGCGGCGCUGUUCCAGUGUGUGGCAGCGGUGUUCAUUGCCCAGCUAAACGGGGUGUCCCUGGACUUCGUGAAGAUCAUCACCAUCCUGGUCACAGCUACUGCGUCCAGUGUGGGGGCCGCAGGCAUCCCUGCAGGGGGGGUCCUCACGCUUGCCAUCAUCUUGGAAGCCGUCAGCCUCCCUGUCAAGGACAUCUCCUUGAUCUUGGCCGUGGACUGGCUAGUGGACAGGUCCUGUACCAUCCUCAAUGUGGAAGGUGACGCAUUUGGGGCAGGACUGCUUCAGAGUUACGUGGAUCGUACCAAGAUGCCGCCAAGCUCGGAGCCUGAACUGAUCCAUGUGAAGAAUGACAUGCCUCUGAAUCCACUGCCCCUCGCCACAGAGGAGGGGAACCCCCUUCUCAAACAGUACCGGGGACCCGCCGGGGAUGCCGCCACAUGUGAAAAGGAAUCUGUUAUGUGAAUAUCAGGAGGGACUUUCUGUGCCCUGGUGGCAUCACAUUGGAAGUGGGGAUCAUGAGAGCUGGAGAAAUGGACUGGUAUGGACUCCAGGGGUGGGCUGUUUACACAGUCCGGGAAGCUUUCCUUCCUGGAAAGGAUAUUGGGAGCCUCAUUGCUGGGGUAAUGUGCUUAUAUAUGAAUGUGUCCACAAAUCUCCCCCCAUCUUGGCUCCCACUCAAGGAGAUGACAUUCUUGUCACCCAGAGCCAUCCAACCUACCCGUCUACCAUGUAGAAUUCUCUAUCCUUUGAAGGCAAAAGUAUGGUGGUGUGA